AUGCUUUCGGGUAUGAGCCGUCACACCGUCUCAUCCACGGUGGAGUCGAGAUCGUCAGGAGCGCCCAGUAGGCAGUUCACUCCCAUGGCGAGUCAACGGCAGCGACAGUCCGAGCUCCGAAGAUCGAUCCCCAAAGGAAAGAAGAAGAAACAUCUCCAACAGCUGGGCAUGCAUUUUCUGAUGAAGCAACGGCAACAUCUUGUAUUUGGCAAAAACAGCAGCUGCAUGGCAAGUCUAAAAGAGACCUCGGUGGAACUCUGCGCGACUGGCCGAUAUUCAAAACAUUUCAAAACGGCGAUGCUCUCACGUGAGAACACUUGA